AUGGCUGCGUCGGCUUCAAGGACGGCUUGCAGCUCGCUUCUGCGCUCGCAGAGGCGCAAUAUUGCCAACUCGGCACGCAACUCGGCCGCCUCUUCUUCCUCCUCUUCGUCCUCAUCAUCGGAGCAAAACGCCUCUUCCUCUUCCUCGACCACUUCCACCUGGCAACCUCGACUCGAAGCCGGCACGCUACCUGCAUACGAUGAAGCGCUCAAGUUCCUCUCCUCCCACUCGGCGUCUCUCCGUGCCCAGAUCGCCGACCUCAAAACCACCCAUCCCAAUCUGACCGAACCCGAACUGUCCUCCCUCACCUCCUCCCUCACCAUCGCUUCCCUCAUCAACGACCCCUCCACCCUCUCCAGCUUCGAGUCAUCCUCCCCCACCCACUACGACGCCUCCAACCCGGCUUUCGUCCACCUGCGCGAACGUCUGUGGAGACGCGAUUCCGGCGUGCUCGCCAAACUCAUGCAGCGGUGUACGCUCAUGUCGGUCUUCCCGGACGUGCUUCCCGGGAUGACGCCUACUGCGGAUGUCUCCAUCGCCUUUGGUGAAGGACGCGGGUAUACGGAUUCGGAGAAGGAUGGUGGGGAUGUGUUGGCGGGGGUAAUGAUGGAGGCGAGCGAGACGAUCGAGGCGCCGCAAGUGAACGUCAACGUGUUCCAUCCCGAGGUGAAAAAGUACACCUUGGUGAUCGUCGAUCCAGAUCAGCCCGACGUCGAAAACCAGAGCUUCAAGACCUCGCUUCUCGCGCUCAAGCAGGACAUUCCACUCAGCACAACCACCAACCCGACCAUCGACCUAUCCUCCAACAUGUCCCUCCCCUACAUCCCUCCCCACCCGCAAAACGGUACGCCGUAUCACAGAUACACCACCAUCCUCCUCGAACAACCCCCUUCUUCCUCUUCUCCAUCCGCCGAUGCAGUGCAAGAGACGGACAGGCACAACUUCGACCUCGCCUCGUUCGUACAGCAGCGAGCUCUGGUCCCCGCAGGCAUCCACUUUUGGCGUAGCAAGUGGUCCCCCGAAUCAGCGCAGAGCAUCACAAAGAUUCAUAAGGAAGUGCUGAAGGUCGACGAACCCAAGUACACCAUGCCGCCGAGAGCGGAUAAGGUGAGGAAGCAGGUGGGCGAGAUUGGGUCCAAGUGGUUCUCCUAG